AUGCUAGAUCUGUUAAUAAAUAUUCCGCCCGCGGAUCAGCCUCGUCGGACAUCUCCUGACUCAACGUACCAACAACCCAACAACCCCAUUUCCUGCCCCUCCCCCCCAGCACCUGCCCCAAGUCCCACGUCGUCCACGGUGACCAAAAACUUCACCACCGAUGCUCGGAAUCCUCGUGCUCCGCCACCGCCGUCGGUCACCGUCACCUCCACAACCUUCGCGACGGCGACUACCACCGCAGCCCCCACUCCCACCGAGGCGGUCCUGCAACGGUUAGAGUCGCUGGUCUUCCAACACCACAAACCGAAGUUCUGGGCCCGGUAUGCGGAUGAUACCUUCGUCGUUAUCGACAGGGAUCAACUGCUGACGUUCACGGAACAUCUGAAUGCGGUCUUCCCGGACAUACAAUUUACGAUGGAAGAGGAAGAGAACAAUCAGCUGGUCUUCCUGGAUGUCCUCGUAUGCCGCAAAGAUUGUGGUGGACUAAAGACCAAAGUGUUCAGGAAAGCAACAAAUACGAUGCAAGUACUGAACUUCAGCAGUAACCACCCAAUCAGCCACAAACGCAGUUGUGUAAGGACGCUUUAUCGGCGUGUCGAAACGUACUGCAGUGAGCCGUAA